CAAGCGGUGCUUCCGGGCUUAAUAUUUACGGAAGUAGGCAGAUCAUCAGGAGAAGAUUUUGACGAACAGGAACAUAAAAUGAUAAUUUCUCCUCCACAGUUUAAUUAUAACUCUUUAGUAAUUAAGAAGCAUUUUGUUGCUGCCGCGGGACAGAUCUCAGCUGAUAAGCUGUUGAGACAUGAAUCUGCUUUCGUAGUUCUUUAAAAUCCUGUCACAUUUUAGACUUCUGGGUUGCUUGAAAAACAAUCCAGAAAACAACUGAUAUCAAGCUGAGUAGAAGGUGAGGUUUGCAGUCAGGUGUCGUUACUAUGGGAAACGAACAGAGUGGAGAUGCGGAACAUAAACACUCCGAUUACAGUACAGCUGUGGUGCCAUCCCCGGCCAGGCAGAAGGCAAAGAUGGAUGACAUCGUGGUUGUGGCUCAGGGGACUCAGUCACUGAGAAAUAUCCACAACGACCCCGAUGUGAUCAAGCUCCAAGAGAUCCCCACGUUCCAACCGCUUCUGAAAGGAGUGCUGAGCGGUCAGACGUCCCCAAGCACCGUCUGUCUGGAGAGGCUGGACCCGGCCCAGGUCCUGCAGCUCUGCAUCCGAUACCAAGACCACCUGCACCAGUGUGCUGAAGCCGUGGCUUUCGACCAGAACGCUCUCGUCAAGAGGAUCAAAGAGAUGGACUUGUCUGUGGAAGCCUUGUUCAGCAUAAUGCAGGAGCGCCAAAAGCGCUACGCCAAGUACGCCGAGCAGAUCCAGAAGGUCAACGAGAUGUCCAUGAUCCUGCGGCGCAUCCAGAUGGGGAUUGACCAGACGGUGCCGCUCAUGGAGCGCCUCAACAACAUGCUGCCGGAGAGCGAGCGGCUGGAGCCCUUCAGCAUGAGGUCAGAGGGCGAACCUGCCUCCAAGUAGCCCAAGCUGGACCCAAACCCAGCCACAGAACAGGUGGAUGAACGUGGACCGCUUUGACUCUGACUGUUUGGUGGAACUAACGGCAUUAAGGAAGUAGCUCGUUUAGUUCUGCAUGUUUUCCCAACAUGAGGAAGGAGCAGGGAAAAUUUCACAUCUUCCUCUUGGAUACAAACCAUGUGAAAAUCAUGGCGACACUUACUAAAAAAAGAAAGAAAAAACAGCUGAAGAACUACAGAAAGCUUUUUCUUUUUUUUUUUUUUUUCUCGGAUCACUCGUCUCACUUUACAAAUCAUGGCUGAAAUCUGCCUUUUAGCUCCAGAUCUGGUGUUUUGUCCUCAGCGUCGAGAUCAAGACCCUCUACUUGUGACAAACUGAGAAUGUUCUAGACGGACACAACCCACAAGUCAAAGAGUCAAUGUUUGCUUUGAGUUUUACUUGAAUAGUUUGGUGUGAAGUAUGUUGAAGUAAUAGCAAUGGAUUAAACUAGUGCUUUUAAAAAAUCCGGAGCUUAUUGCAAAAAAAAAAAGACUGACGAAGCUCUCAGUCCGUCACGUGUUUUAGGAUCUCGUAAAGAAAUCUCAGCCUUAUUAUUGUUUUGCUGGCGAGUGACAGCUGAACAGCCCUGCCUACCAACAGGAAGUGGGAAUUAAACAACCGUCUGGUCUUUCCUUCAGGAAACCCAUCAAAUAAAUUUCACUGCAUCUGAUUUAGAGUUGAACCAGAAGUCUUUGCCAUGUUUAGAAGGAUGUUGGCUCCAGUUUUGGUGACCAUAUUAGUAGUUAGUCUUAUGCAUCAGUGGGUAAAAAUUGACGCACAGCAUGUAUAAGACGUCCCGUGGGACGGAGCUCCAUGUUGUUCCCCAAAAAUAGCGUCAUAAUUUUCAAAUACUCGAGAACUGUUUAUGUGCCUAAAAAUCCUUAAAUAUUAACACAGCUAACCUGGUAGGGCCCUGUGAGAAUGGUCGCAAAAUACGCAUUCAUUAAAAAAAUCCUUUGACUCUUUUCACCUCCCCAAAAACAAAUGUGUCGCCCUGGGCUAGUGCCCUUGUAAAGAAGCAGGUGGAGCAGCAGAAGAAACUCCAAAUACUAAUGACAGAGGAACGAGUCAAAGAGGUGAAUUAUACAAGUUGUAACUGUAAAUAUUGACUAGUCACAUAAACCUGUUUUUUUAAUAAAAGCCUUUAAUG